AUGUAUUUAUGUUCAUGUCAAUCAAUCAGUGGAACUUUCCUUAUUUUUCUCUUUUUCCUUUCCCCCUCCUUUUUCCUGCUUUCAGUCUCUUUGUUGCUUCUCUUUCUCUCUCUUUCUCUCUUCCUCCUGCUUUCAUUCUCUUUCUCUCUCUUCCUUCUGCUUUCAUUCUCUUUGUUUCUCUUUCUCUCUCUUUUACAUAUUGCUAUAUACUCUAUCUCUUUCACUUCUUCUCUCUUCCUUUUUAUUGUUUUUCUUUCUCUCACUCUUUUACAUAUUAUUACUUGCUAUCUUCAUUCUAUCUCUUUCCCUCUGCUUUCAUUCUCUCUCUCUUCCUUCUGCUUUCAUUCUCUUUCUCUCUCUUCCUUCUGCUUUCAUUCUCUUUCUCUCUCUUUCUCUCUCUUCCUUCUGCUUUCAUUCUCUUUCUCUCUCUUCCUUCUGCUUUCAUUCUCUUUCUCUCUCUUCCUUCUGCUUUCAUUCUCUUUCUCUCUCUUCCUUCUGCUUUCAUUCUCUUUCUCUCUCUUUCUCUCUCUUCCUUCUGCUUUCAUUCUCUUUCUUUCUCUCUCUUCCUUCUGCUUUCAUUCUCUUUCUCUCUCUUCCUUCUGCUUUCAUUCUCUUUCUCUCUCUUUCUCUCUCUUCCUUCUGCUUUCAUUCUCUUUCUCUCUCUUUCUCUCUCUUCCUUCUGCUUUCAUUCUCUUUCUCUCUCUUCCUUCUGCUUUCAUUUCUCUCUUCCUCUCUCUUUCUCUCUCUUCCUUCUUUCUUUCAUUCUCUCUCUUUCUCUCUCUUCCUUCUCUUUCAUUCUCUUUCUCUCUCUUCCUUCUGCUUUCAUUCUCUUUUCUCUCUCUUUCUCUCUCUUCCUUCUGCUUUCAUUCUCUUUCUCUCUCUUCCUUCUGCUUUCAUUCUCUUUCUCUCUCUUUCUCUCUCUUCCUUCUGCUUUCAUUCUCUUUCUCUCUCUUUCUCUCUCUUCCUUCUGCUUUCAUUCUCUUUGUUUCUCUUUCUCUCUUCCUUCUGCUUUCAUUCUCUUUGUUUCUCUUUCUCUCUCUUUUACAUAUUGCUAUAUACUCUAUUAUCUCUUUCACUUCUUCUCUCUUCCUUUUUAUUGUUUUUCUUUCUCUCUCUCUCUCUUUUACAUAUUAUUACUUGCUAUCUUCAUUCUAUCUCUUUCCCUCUGCGUUCAUUCUCUCUCUCUUCCCUCUGCUUUCAUUCUCUUUAUUUGAAAGCAGCUCAUCAUUAUCUCUUUCCCUCUUUUACUUCUUCUCUCAUCCUCUUUAUUGUUUUUCUCUCUCUCUCUCUUUUACAUAUUAUUACUUGCUAUCUUCAUUCUAUCUCUUUCUCUCUCUCUUCCAUCUGCUUUCAUUCUCUUUCUCUCUUCCUUCUGCUUUAAUUCUCUUUCUCUCUUCCUUCUGCUUUCAUUCUCUUUCACUCUUCCUUCUGCUUUCAUUCUCUUUCACUCUCUCUUCCUUCUGCUUUCAUUCUCUUUCUCUCUCUCUUCCUUCUGCUUUCAUUCUCUCUCUUUUCCAUCUGCUUUCAUUCUCUUUCUCUUCCUUCUGUUUUCAUUCUCUUUCUCUUCCUUCUGUUUUCAUUCUCUUUCUCUCUCUCUUCCUUCUGCUUUCAUUCUCUCUCUCUCUUCCUUCUGCUUUCAUUCUCUUUCUCUCUCUCUCUCUUCCUUUUGCUUUCAUUCUCUUUCUCUCUCUCUUCCUUUUGCUUUCAUUCUCUUUCUCUCUCUCUUCCUUCUGCUUUCAUUCUCUUUCUCUCUCUCUCUUCCUUCUGCUUUCAUUCUCUUUGUUUCUCUUUCUCUCUCUUCCUUCUGCUUUCAUUCUCUUUCUCUUCCCUCUGCUUUCAUUCUCUUUCUCUCUUCCUUCUGCUUUCAUUCUCUUUCUCUCUUCCUUCUGCUUUCAUUCUCUUUCUCUCUCUCUUCCUUCUGCUUUCAUUCUCUUUCUCUCUCUCCCUCUCUCUCUUCCUUUUGCUUUCAUUCCCUUUCUCUCUCUUCCUUCUGCUUUCAUUCUCUUUCUCUCUCUUUCUCUCUCUUCCUUCUGCUUUCAUUCUCUUUCUCUCUCUUCCUUCUGCUUUCAUUCUCUUUCUCUCUCUUCCUUCUGCUUUCAUUCUCUUUGUUUCUCUUUCUCUCUCUUCCUUCUGCUUUCAUUCUCUUUCUCUCUCUUCCUUCUGCUUUCAUUCUCUUUGUUUCUCUUUCUCUCUCUUCCUUCUGUUUUCAUUCUCUUUCUCUCUCUUCCUUCUGCUUUCAUUCUCUUUCUCUCUCUCUCUUCCUUCUGCUUUCAUUCUCUUUGUUUCUCUUUCUCUCUCUUCCAUCUGCUUUCAUUCUCUUUCUCUCUCUUUCUCUCUCUUCCUUCUGCUUUCAUUCUCUUUCUCUCUCUUCCUUCUGCUUUCAUUCUCUUUGUUUCUCUUUCUCUCUCUUUUACAUAUUGCUAUAUACUCUAUUAUCUCUUUCCCUCUUUUCCUUCAUCUCUCAACCUCUUUAUCGUUUCUCUUUCUCCCUCUUUUACAUAUUACUUGCUAUAUUCUCUAUUAUAUCUUUCCUUCUUUCACUUCCCUCAGCCUCACUGUUUCUCUUUCUCUCUCUCACAUAUUAUUACUUGCCAUCUUCAUUCUAGUAUCUCUUUCCCUCUUUUCCCUUUACUUUCAUUCUUUUUAUUGUUUCUCUUUCUCUUUCCAUUUUUCUUCUGUUAUCUUGUUCCCUCUUUUCAUUCUGCUUUCUCUCUCUCUCUCUCAAAUACACUUAAUUUUUAUCUUCCUUUUAUUGACUUCCCUUUCACUUUUGUUCCUUCUAUUGCCUCUCCUACUUUCUUCCGUAUACUCUCUACUAGAGUUUAUCUCUUUAUUGACAUUUCCAGUGGAUGGAUAUUUUAG